AUGUUUAGAAACUGGUUUAAAAUUUUCUUUUACGACACUUUUAAGAAUCCAGAAGGCACGAUCAGGUGGAGGCGAGGAGCGGCGCCCGCGACAGCAGAAAUUUUUUCGGGUAACGGCGCGCGCGACAAUCACCUCCGUCUGAACGCGCCUUCUGCUUUCUUGCGCUUGUCGUAA